CGGAAGCGACCUCCCUCACAAGAUCCUCUUCCGCGUCUUUCUUGGUCUCUUCCACGCCUCCAAGAUGGCGCAACAAGAUCAGGGUGAAAAGGAGAACCCCAUGCGGGAGCUGCGCAUCCGCAAACUCUGCCUGAACAUCUGCGUUGGGGAGAGUGGAGACAGGCUCACCCGAGCAGCCAAAGUGCUGGAGCAGCUCACGGGCCAGACUCCUGUCUUCUCAAAAGCUCGAUACACUGUUAGAUCUUUUGGGAUCAGGAGAAAUGAGAAGAUUGCUGUUCACUGCACUGUACGUGGAGCCAAAGCUGAGGAGAUCCUGGAGAAGGGGUUGAAGGUGCGAGAAUAUGAAUUGAGGAAGAACAACUUCUCAGACACUGGCAACUUUGGUUUUGGAAUCCAGGAGCACAUUGAUCUGGGCAUUAAAUACGAUCCCAGCAUUGGAAUCUAUGGCUUGGACUUUUACGUGGUUCUGGGCCGGCCAGGCUUCAGCAUCGCUGACAAGAAGCGCCGAACCGGCAGUAUUGGGGCCAAGCACAGGAUCAGCAAGGAGGAAGCCAUGCGCUGGUUCCAGCAGAAGUAUGAUGGCAUCAUCCUUCCUGGCAAAUAAAAGCUCCCUGCCCUCAAAAGAGUUAAUAAAGCUUUCCAUUGUUUAA